CGAAUAUUUUGAGGAUUCGAUAGUUGGCUGGUCGGGUGAUCAAUUUCUACUUUAUUCACUUUUUAUUGAUGGAUCGUUUCCCGGAGGUACUGAUGUGGUAAUGCUGCUCAAGAGACUUCCUGUUGAAUCACGAGCCUUCGUAAGGUGUACGAAAUUGAACAUGAGAAAAUAAGCUCAUCGUGUGGGGGUUCGAGGUGAAGGACAAUACAUGGUGGAGGACGACGGCUGAGUUCCAAGAUCUUCGCUGCUGGCUGCCUAACUCGGGUUGGAGUUUCGCUAAAAGGGGUGGAACCUUGGAGUGAAGAGAGGUCAAGAGCUAUCGUCUUGGAUCUAACGGGACACUUUCAUCAUGUAGACUGGGAUUUAUUACUUAAUUUCAUGAAGCUAUAGCCUUCAAUAACUUCAGUCUUGAAUCAAGUUUUAUAUUAAAGUAUUUAAUUUUCAUCAAUUUUCUCUUGUCCUAAUUAUUCUUUCCAUCCUAAGUUACUCUAGUAACUUUUCGAUAAAAUUUAGCGAAUGGCGCCCAACGUGGGGCCUGCUUCAGCUCUGGCCUCUCUCCACCUCCUGAUUCCCCGGACCCCCCUACGGUUUUCUCACGGUAUUUGGUUUAACCCGACAGCUAAUUGAAAUCAUUUUUCUUGUUGAUAUUAAUUUAUUAUUGUUCCUAGUUUGUAUGCUAUUGGUGGUAGCUUAUUUAUAUUAUAAUUUUGGUAAAUUUGAAAUUUAUUGCUGAAAGCCUUUUUCAAUUAUGUCUGCUAGUGAGUUAGAGCAACUUGAUUCUACACAAGAAUCCUCGCUUCUCGGAGUUUUAGGAGAGUCGGAUGAUGACUGUAAAGUACUUGUUAGUAUCCGGAGUGGCAAGAGACAGUCUGUAACGAAGACUUUAAAGAGUAUUGAGAAGGGUCCACUGGAUAUUAUUAAAUGUGAAUUUUAUCUUGACAAGUUACGCGAUCUUUUAACAGAGUUAAAUUCGCUGGAUGAGAAGAUAAAUAGUUUUAUGCUUCAUUCUAGACUUUGGAGUUCGGUUCAGUAUCACAGAGAGGCGGAAGUUGAUGAAAAGUACUCUGACGGUAUAAGGUUGGCGAUUAAACGGUUGACUAGGGAAUUAACUCGCUUGUCAAAGUCUGCUGUAGCAGCAGCAACCCCUUCUCCUUCCACACCGCAGGAAGUACAUCAUUCUUAUCAUAAAAUAACUUUGCCUAGCAUAGAACUACCUUAUUUUGAUGGGAACCCCGCAGCUUAUCAUAAAUUUGUUAAUUCAUUUGAAAGUCUUCUUUCCAAAUAUGACCUUUCCUCGUUUGAGCAAUUUUCUUAUCUCUCAAAACAGUUAACGGGGCCCGCAAAGAAACUGGUAGAUUCCCUUGCCUUGAAAGAUUUGAAUUAUGAAUCUGCUAAGAAACUACUCGAUGAAGCUUUUAGUGAUAAGCUUAGUCAACAAUACUCUGUAAUUAAGGGUUUGUGCAAGUUGAGUCUUGAUCCUAAUGCUAGGGAUGGCUAUCAGUGGAUAAGCGAAGCUCGUGUCUUAGAGGAACAGGUUCGAUCGUUGGAUAUAAAGGGAGAUUUGUUUGUUCAAUAUUUUCUUUGGGAAAGUCUGUGUGAUGGAUUUAAAAGUCAGCUUGUCUCUAUUACAAACAAGUCGAAACCAUCUUUGAAAGAAAUUUUGGAUAACCUAUUUGAAGCAAAUAAUAGAUUUAUGGACCUUCAGUCCAACAUGUCUGAGAAAACGAAAGGGAAUUUAGUUAAGCAAUCGUCAAAUGCUGUAUCAGUCUGUUACUUCCAAAGAUUCUUCAAAGUCGUUGUGCCCUGGUUCGAAAUUUAAGGUGACCUGCCCAUUAUGUUCCCACGAUAAUGUUUCCAAAUGACCAUAAAUUGAGUGAGUGUAUGAAAUACCCCAGUCCUGGUAGUAAAUGCGAGAAACUUAAAUCGGUUGGGGGCUGCUAUAAAUGUGGUUUAACUUCACAUAAUGCUAAAGUUUGUCAUUUUAAAUUUAAUCGGCCGUGUAUGAAAUGUCAUUUAUUUCACAUGUCUUAUUUAUGCCUUGGUUUAGCUAAUAAGGGUGCUAAUAAGGUUAAAGACGAAAUGGGCACUAAUGCAAAUAAAGCUAAUGUUCCUAAACGUACUGAUACCAAAGUAGUUAAAACUACUACUAACGGAAUGCUAACGAUGUCUACGGGCUUAGAGGCAUUUAAUGAUGUAAUUCUCCCCACUGGGACAGUAUAUGUAGAGAAUUCGGGUCGUAAAAAUUCCAUGGAGAGUGUUUAAGGAUCUUGGUUCCCAAAAAACCUUAGUAAAAGGGUCUCCGGAAGACCUUCCCAACUGCUCAGUCGUUGAUAAAGUGAAUCUUACGAUUCAAGGAAUUAAUUCGGUCAAGAAUCAUGAUACUUACAUUGUAGAGUUUCCCGUUCAUGUUCCUGGCCAGGGAAAGCAGGUAUUAAGGGCAAUUUGUGUAGACGAAAUUAAUUCAAAAUUUGUGGCACUUGGAUUAAAGAAAUUAGCAGACGCCCUGGUUGAGAAGGGUCAUACCCUGGCAGAUAAGCAUAUAGAUUCUGAUACUAUAGACGAUUUUACAAUCUUGCUUGGUAGCGAUCAAAGCCAUAUUUUCCCACUUGCACAGAAAGACUUCGGUUACAAUGGUAAAUGUCCCUCUACUUUUUAUGAAACUCCGUCGGGUUUAAUGCUUUCUGGAAGUGCCUCUUUGUUUUUAGAGAACCUUAAUUUGCUAUGUAUUCCAUUUGAUGGUAAUUCUGACGGCACGUCUCUAUGACUAACCGUUAAUAGUAACAUAAGUACUUUGCUAGAAGAGAAGGAACUUUUUGAUGACCAAAAGAUUCAGAAUGCGACUGACGAAAUCCUCGAAUCAAUAUUCACUUCACUUAUGAAUAUUCAAGACGACCCUAGGGAAUCUGUUUUGACAAGUGAAAAUAGUAAAUUAAUUGAUAACAUUCUUAGUGAUAUUCGGAGAGAUCCUAAGACAGGUAGGUUAGUUGUGCCCGCUUUAUGGAAGAAGGAAAUACAACAUUUAAUGUCGCCCAACUAUAAUCUUGCAGUGUCAGUUCUCAAUUCUCAAAAAAGAAAGCUUUCGCCUGAGAGGUUAAAGGAAUACGAUGCAGUUAUACAGAACCAAUUUGAAGAUGGAGUAAUUGAACGUAUUGCAGAUCUUCCCUCAUUUCUUAGAGAGAAUCCAGAUGUAUCAUUUCUAGCUCAUAAUGCCGUGUUCCGAAACAACUCUAACACGACGAAGUGUAGGGUUGUCUUUCUAUCAAAUUUAAGUGAGAGAACAAAUGAGAAAUAUCUUUCCCAUAAUCAGUGUUCCAUGGCAGGAGCUAAUUUGAAUAAUAAAAUGCAGAUUUCAACUCUACUACUAAGGUUUGACAAGUAUUUGCUGACUUAUGAUUUGAAAAAAGCCUUUUUACAGCUUUUACUUAGAGAAGAGGACACGAGAAAGUUACUAUUUCUAUGGUUUAAGGAUAUUUCUAAGAACGAUUUCUCAAUUGUUGGCUAUCGUUUCCGACGAGUGCCUUUUGGAAUGAGAUAUUCUCCAUUUUUGUUAAUGAUAGCUCUCUAUUACAUAUUGAUCCAUAAUGUAACUGAUGAUGAUGAUGAAGAGACUGUGAGCAUAAAAAGGUGUUUGUAUAACCUUUCUUACAUGGAUAACUUAGCCAUAACUUCAAAUGCGGAUAAUGUUUUGUUUAAGGCAUUAAAUGUUUCUGUAUCGACGUUCCGAGAAUUUGGAUUCGAAUUACAAGAGUUUUGUACGAAUUCUGUACCCUUAAGAGAACAAUUAAAUAAGUUUGAACACUGCACUGAAUCAGAAUCGAAGCUUUUUGGCCUAAUUUGGAAUACAGAGAAUGAUGCGAUUAAAACUCGAACUUAAAUUAAACCCUAAAGCUAAUACAAAAAGAUUAAUUAUAAGUACUAUUCAUUCCAAUUAUGAUCCUUUUGGGUUUUCAAUACCAGUGUUGAACCGAAGCAAAUUGUUUAUGCAUUCCUUGCAGAAUGACAAGAAUAUUGGAUGGGAUACGCCGUUAAGCAGCGAGCUGAUGAAAGAAUGGGCGAAGAUUGCCAAACAGGUUAACAAGAGCUCAGAAAUUGUAGUACCUCGUUCUGUCUGUAAUCGUUGUGACGAGUACAAUUUGUUGAUCUAUACGGACGCAAGUAAAGAAUUGUUAGGCUGUGCUUUAUAUUUGGUGGCUGUCAAUUCAGCAGACACUAAGCUGAUUUUGGCAAAGAAUUCUGUGCUUUGUAAGAAAUUAAGAACAAAGUCUAUUCCUGUACUGGAAUUGAUAUCUGUACAUUUUGGAGUAAAGACGGCCGUAGACGUAGCUGAACAGCUAAUGAAUGCUGUUGUUCCUAUUCGGAUUCGUAAUAUUUAUUGCUUCACAGAUUCUAUGAUUGUUCUAAGUUGGAUUAAGUCUAAGGAGUUUGAGUUUGGCAAAAUAGAUAGGAAGCAAGUGAUGGUUAACAAUAGGCUAAAUGAUAUUUCGACUCUUUGUUCUAAGCGAACAGUGAUUUUCGACCAUAUAGGUGGUGAUGAGAACCCUAGUGACUGUCUUACUCGGUGUGUUUCAGAGAAAAUGCUUCGUAGCACGCUCUUUUUAACAGGUCCAAAAUUUCUAGAUUUUCCUAUAGAGUGCAGAGUGAUUGUUCCUCAUCCCGGUGCAAAGCCGCCUUCCGUGAGUUGCUCUGUUAGGACAAAUUUCAUUUUGAAUUCUGAACCACUUAUACCGUUAAACAAGUUUUCGUCCUUUAGUAAGGCGGUCAAGGUUUUGAGUAUUGUCUUCCUCUUUGUUACCAAGUUGAAACAAAGGUUAAAACUGACUAAGAAUAUACCAGAGAAUACCUCUGACGAACAGACUGAAACUGCUCGUAGCACCAUUCACCUUUUAGUGCAUGCACAAAAGGCUGCCUUUCCCCAAGUUUAUGAUACGCUGGCUACAGGUAAUUUUUCAGAACCCCUUAUAUCACAGUUGAAUUUAUUUCGUGAUGAAAGUGGGCUUAUUAGGGUACAAAGUAAGUUAUGUAAAUUAAAAGCUGCUUAUGAUGAGAGGUGUCCGAUACUAUUGGGAAAAAAUUGCCCUGUGGCUAGAAGUAUAAUUUGGGAUACUCAUGUAAAACUGCGACACGCUGGAAUUUACAAAACUUUAGGUUUACUCAGGAAAAGGUUUUGGAUUAUUAAUGGCUUUGUGGUUGUAAAGAAGGUUUUAAAAGGCUGUUUGAUAUGUAAAAGGUUGAAUGCAAGAACUGUCAAAAUUAAUCAAAAUGCAUAUAGAAAUUUCAGAAUAAACCCAGAGGCUAUUCCGUUUAGGAAUAUUUGCAUCGACCAUUGUGGACCUUUCUUGGUUAAGGACAGAAACAAACAAAACUAUAAGGUAUAUGUGCUGGUCAUAUCCUGUUUUUGGUCUAGAGCAAUUAAUCUGGUUGUAUGCAGGUUGAUUGAUAAAAACUCCUUUCUUAGGGCAUUACAAAUGCAUAUUUUUGAGUACGGUUUCCCUUCCUUAAUAGUUAGUGAUAAUGGAAGCCCAUAGUGGCGGGAGUAGAGCAAACUAUCUCCUAUCUAAAUGAUUUAGAGACCAUUGACUUCUUAAGAUCGCACAAUAUUAAGUCUUUAAAAUUUCAUCCAUUCCCAGCUAAUGCACAUAAAUUAGGUGGGUUUGUUGAAACUAUGGUUAAGCAAGUGAAAAGGAUAGUUACUUCGAGCAUUCGAAAUAACAUUUUGGAUUACAAUGAUUUUCAAUUCUUGAUUGCUGAGGCUAAAAUGCUCGUAAAUAAGAGACCAAUCGCCUUCAGAAAUGCUCUAAAUAAAUUAGAUUUUGACCACAGCGUGCCUGUCCCUUUGACUCCAGAGAUGAUAGUGAAGGGGUAUGAAGUACCUUGUGUGAGUAUAAUUCCUGAGCUUAAUAUUUCAGAUCAGGACGACUCUUGGGGUGUGUCUGAUGAUAUAUUCGACAAUAAUCAAGAGGCAGUUAUAUCUCGUUUUGGUAAACUUAUGAAAGUGAAAGCUAACUUGGAAAAAAUCUAUCAGGGUGAAUUUACUGCUACGUUGUUCAGUCAAGCAACGGAUAGAAAAAAUAGGUAUGGUAAGAAAUCUCAUACUGAAUUAAGGGUAGGAGAUUUAGUGAGUAUAAAAACAGAUUUUAUAAAGCCUUUUGCUUACCCGCUAGGUAUCAUCGUACAAAUUGAAAAGAAUGACCUGGAUGAAGUAACAAGCGCUAGUGUACGUAAAUCCAACGGAGAAAUUGUAAGACGACACGUUGAUAAUUUGAUAUUCCUAACAAAUACUUCCAUCAACGUUGACAGUAACUCUGUUUCUCCUGAAUUUGUUCCUGAAACCUGUACAGUUUCCUACAAGUCUGAGAGAUCAGCUGCUCGUAAGUGUCGAGAACGGAACAAGGCACUAAUUGAGCAACACAAGGUUUAAUGUGCUUGUAGUGUUGUAAAAUUUAUUGUAUAACUUUUGUUUUUUUUAUUUUUUUUAUUCUAGUUUCACAAUUCCAAGAAAUUGCUCACCCGGCCCCGCCAGUGUACAAAAAUAUUAAUACAAAUAAAACAUUUUUCAAGAAAUUGAAUCUCAAACUAUUUAAAUUAAAUAAUUAAUCAAUUGAGUUAAGUAACCCCUUGAAUUUGUACGUGCAUGGACUUCCAUGUUUCCACGGUCCUUGGAUACGUCACUAAAUGACAGGCGUCAGACCUAACAAGGAGGCGGAAAAAGCUCGGGUAAGACAGUACUAAGGUACCGCUACGACCCUUCACUACCACCACCGUCGCCAGAGACAAGACGGAAGGUUAUCGGUUACGAAAUAUUUUGAGGAUUCGAUAGUUGGCUGGUCGGGUGAUCAAUUUCUACUUUAUUCACUUUUUAUUGAUGGAUCGUUUCCCGGAGGUACUGAUGUGGUAAUGCUGCUCAAGAGACUUCCUGUUGAAUCACGAGCCUUCGUAAGGUGUACGAAAUUGAACAUGAGAAAAUAAGCUCAUCGUGUGGGGGUUCGAGGUGAAGGACAAUACAUGGUGGAGGACGACGGCUGAGUUCCAAGAUCUUCGCUGCUGGCUGCCUAACUCGGGUUGGAGUUUCGCUAAAAGGGGUGGAACCUUGGAGUGAAGAGAGGUCAAGAGCUAUCGUCUUGGAUCUAACGGGACACUUUCAUCAUGUAGACUGGGGAUUUAUUACUUAAUUUCAUGAAGCUAUAGCCUUCAAUAACUUCAGUCUUGAAUCAAGUUUUAUAUUAAAGUAUUUAAUUUU